AGCACCCCAGCCCUACCCCCCUCUCCGCUUCCCUGUGACCCCUCAGCCCCCCCAGCGCUCCCACCAGGCCUCGGGGUGGGUGCUGCCUCCUCGGGGUGCCCCGUGGCACUGGGUGCUGCGCCCUGCUGCUUUCGCUUCCCCUUCCCGGUCCGGCGGGAUGUGCCAGAGUGCCCGGGUGGGGGGACACGCCAAUCGGGGGUGUAAGGCACGUGCCUGCCAUGGUGUCACCCCAAAGCUGGGGCCGGGAAGGUGCCCGGGUGCGUGGCACGGGAGGGUGCCCCGGGGCAGGGCGAGGGGACUGCUGGGCAGGGCUGACGGGGUGACAUCUCCGGGGCAGGAUCUGGCCCAGCCGGUAGCGGGGGAUUCUUGAGAUGGGACUCUUGGGAGGGUGCUGGUUUCUGCAGGAUAGGGGGAUAUGUAUGGAACAGUCCCAGAAGGGUCAUGGCAGGGGAAACACCUAUCCUGAGGGUCCCUCACACCCCAGGCAAUGAGAGCUGCCCUGGAGUGUCGGGGCAAAGGGCCCUUCCUGUGAGCAGGAUGAGUGGAGUCUAUUGAUCACGGAACCCUUGGAAAACAGGAUGAGGAGUGUUGUUGGGAUCCCUAUGGGUCAGGGUAGUCAUGGUAGCAGCAUGGUGGGUGUCUAUGGACCAUGGAACCCUUGGGAAGCACGAUGAGGGAUGUCUGUGGGAACCCCAUGGGUCAGGGUGGUCACGGGAGCAGGAUGAAGGGUGUCUGUGGGGUCCAAAUGGGUCAAGGUUCAUGGUGGUGGUGUGGUGGCCAUGGGAGUUCCACCAUCCCAAGAGGGAGGUCCCAUUCCAUCCUAUCCCAUCCCAGACCUUGUCCGCACUGCCAGCCCCACGGAGGCGGGGCCCAAUCCUUCCCGCCCCUGGCCAUGGGGCCCAGCCCCACAGCAUUUAGGGACCCCCACCCCGAGCCUCAGCAGUGCCUGCCUGGCCUCACGCUCCUCCAGCUUCCACACAAGCUCCCAGGGCCACCACGCUCUCCAUGGAGACUGGCAGCUCCUUCCAACAGCUUGGCAUGCAGCAGCACCUCGAGCCCCCCAGGCAGCAGCUCCCGGGCUACGGCAAAUGCGGCACCACGGGCAGUGAUCCUGGCAAAGAUCCUGGGAAAGCUGCUGAGUGCAGUGGAGGCAGCGGGAUCGGGAAGAGGCCAGUGCCAAUGGUCUGCAGCACUCCAUGUGGGAAUCCCUACGCGGGGCUGGUGAGCCACCUGCGGGCAUCCUGGCUCUCGGGGAAGACACGGCCCAUGGAAUACCGUGUGGCACAGCUGGAGGCUCUGGGACGCUUCCUGGAUGACAAGAAGCAGGAGAUCCUGGAAGCCACUGAAUUGGACAUGGGCAAGCCAUCCUUCGAGGCUUUCUUCAGUGAGAUCCUCCUCUGCAAGAAUGAACUCAAUGUCACCCUCAACAACCUGUCCCACUGGAUGAAGGAUGAGUACGUGGACAAGAACCUGGUGAUGCAGCUGGACUCUGCCUUCAUCCGCAAGGACCCCUAUGGGGUGGUGCUCAUCAUAGCACCCUGGAACUACCCCAUCCACCUCUUCCUGGUGCCCCUCAUUGGGGCCAUUGCUGCUGGGAACUGCGCCAUCAUCAAGCCCUCAGAGAUCUCCAAGAACACAGAGAGACUCAUUGCUGAAACACUGAGCUGUUACCUGGACAGUGACUGCUUUGCUGUGGUGACCGGCGGUGUGCCAGAGACCACCAGCCUGCUGGAGAACAAGUUUGACUACAUCUUCUUCACUGGCAGCCCCCCGGUGGGGCGGAUCGUGAUGACAGCUGCUGCCAAGCACCUGACACCGGUGACGCUGGAGCUGGGGGGCAAGAACCCCUGCUAUGUGUCCGACACCUGUGAUGUGACCAACGUGGCGCGGCGCGUGGCCUGGGGCCGCUUCUUCAACGCGGGGCAGACCUGCAUCGCGCCCGACUACCUGCUCUGCACCAUAGAGAUGCAGGAGAAGCUCAUGCCCGCCUUGCGCGAGGCCAUCACCGAGUUUUUUGGCCCCAACCCCCGAGAAUCCCCAGAUUUUGGCCGCAUUGUGAAUGACAAACAGUUCCGGCGCCUUCGGGCAUUGCUGUGCAGUGGGCGUGUGGCCAUCGGGGGACAGACGGAUGAGGCAGAGCGCUACAUUGCUCCCACGGUGCUGGCAGAUGUGCUGCCCUCGGACCCUGCCAUGCAGGAGGAGAUCUUUGGGCCCAUCCUGCCCAUCGUUGUCGUUGCCAACAUGGAUGAAGCCAUUGACUUCAUCAACACGCGGCCGCGGCCAUUGGCUCUCUACGCCUUCUCCUGUGACAGCAAGAUAGUGAACCAGGUCCUGGAGCGGACGAGCAGCGGAGGCUUCUGUGGCAAUGACACCUUGAUGCAUGUGACACUGUCCUCACUGCCCUUUGGAGGCUUUGGGAACAGUGGCCUAGGAAAAUACCAUGGGAAGUUCACCUUCGACACCUUCUCCCACCACCGUGGCUGCCUGCACCGGACCAUGGGGCUGGAGACGCUCAACACCCCACGCUACCCGCCCUACACCCAGCAGAAGUUGGGGCUCCUCACGACCACCUUCGAGGUGAAGCGCAGGGGCACCUGCACCCUGCUCUGAGGCUGCUGCCAUGCCCUGCUCUGAAGAUGCCAUGGAGUCAGUGGGAAGGACUGGGACUGUCCUGCUCUCCCUCUUCAUCACGCUGCCCACUUCCUCACCGUGUCCUUUGCCUCGCUGGAGCAUGUCGGACAGCCGGGAUGGACAUCCCCUCCUGCACCCUUGUGGCCUCUGCUCCAAACCAUUUUCCAGGACACAACUGAAAUGACCAAAAUCUUUUUCUUACUCCAAACUUCUCUUUCUGGUGGAGAAGCACUCCCAUCAGUCCCAUCUCCCCUUACAUGGACUUUUCCUUUGGAAUGAACCUCUCUCCCUCUUCGCUGUUGCUCUUUGCUCCGUGUAACUCUGCCUGUAGUAAAGACUUUGCAUCAAACUCUC